AUGAGCGAGGAUGAACGCAUACAAGGUUUCUCGGUCUCGUGUGCACGAUUUGAGACCUUCCUGAUAUUUUUAGUCGCUAUCAGGCUCACCCUCUGUGAACUUGCUACAGCCCGCCACCAUACGCCACCUCUCGAAUGUUCUCCAUUUAGCAACAAUGUCGGAUCACACAUUCCACACCAUGCAGUAGGUGAUUGUGUCGACGCACUCUCUCGGAGCGCUCAAUUUUGGUCUAGCUACUCUGGGUACCUGCGAGAAAUCCCCCAGCUGUGCUUCGCGUUUCGUCGAUGGAUGGAAAUCGAUACUGCAAAGGAUAUCUAUAGAAACAUAACGAUGGAGAAACUUGCUCUGAUUCGAUUUUUUCUCGAACAGCAAAGGGGAUUCACAGCUGCACACCAGAAUUGGGAGCGAUCAUCUACAGACCUGCGUGAUCUUAUCAGCGUGUUGAAAUCGACUAGCGGUAAUAUACGCGACGUCGCAGAUGUGACAUCUACUUCCAUAAUUCAAAAUGCGCAAUCAUUAUUGAAGAAGCCCUUGCAGCUGUUCACAAAGAUGGAAACUACCCUGUCACUUAUCAACCAGCGCAGUUUCGAUGAUCAUAUUCAUUCAUUGGACAAGGUUGAUCGGAGGAUUGAUGACCUGACAUUAAGCCAUUCAAAAUCCUUGUCGUCGCUACUAUCACUCGUCGAAUCGCGUUUGACCGCUGAAAUUGAAGCAAUCGCAUCAUUGAUGUCAGAGCAGAGCCUUGAAUCUCGGGCAGUCGCGGAUCAAGUUCAGCAAAAAUGGUCCGCGCUUGACGCGACUUUCUUUGCUAUGCAAAAUUCCUUUUACGACCUGCAGAGUGUGAUCACAGGGCUUGCAUUCUCUUUGGAGACCUCUCUUUCCCAAGUAUUGCAUGUACAAGAGAUCCAGCGAGAGGUUGCAGAGUCUGUUUCACUUCUUGACAACAGGAUUUCCCAGCUCACGGAAGUGACUCACCGUGAACUUGAAACAAUCAAUCAGACGGCCCUUGCCCUCAUUGACACCUUUCAGCGCAAGUCAAAACACGAAACUUGGCUAAUUAACCUGCAGUGGCUUCUGCGUUUUGUCGAACCCACGUCAUUGCUUGGCCUCAAGACUUUUCAAGCUGUAACCAGUCUCUUGGUAUUCCUCUGGCGUCUUCUGGAAGUGGCACUGUCACUUCUCAUGACUAGUGUCGCAGUUUCCAGCAUCAGAAGUCAACUGUCACUCAAGUUCCGUGGUUCAAAACAGGUACAACCGCAAGAAAGUUCAUGGCGUCUCGACUCUCACCUGGAGACGAAUGUGUCACCUGUCUCGAAUGUUAGGCGUCUGCAACGGAAUGACUGUCUGGACCCACGGAUCAUUCGGCGACUUACUGGACCUCGCAUAUCUCGCAUACCCGAUAGGAUCUGUCGUCGAACCGAUCCUUAUUAA